AUGACUAAUUUAUCUCUGAGAGAACUUAGCAUUCCAGAUUUAUGGCGGCUAGAAACAAUAGGAAUUAAUGAUCCCGCUGAAACGUUAUCUAAGAAGGAAGAAGAAGAGCUAGCCCAUGAUUUGUUCCUCAAAGAACUUACGAGAAGUGAAGACGGGCGUUACCGUGUUGGUCUUCCAUGGACUUGUAUUAACCCAAACAUUCCUUCAAAUAGAAAUGAAGCAGAAAGAAGGUUGUUUAGCACUACAAGAAGACUGAAGAAGUUAAGUAAAUUUGAAGAUUAUGACCUAGUCUUUAAAGAAUGGCAAAAAGAGAAUGUCAUACAGGAAGUCUCAAAAAAGGAACUAGAAGAAGUAGGAGGCCAUUACUUGUGUCACCAUCCAGUUAUUAAGCCAGAGAGUGCUACUACGUCUAUCAGACCAGUUUUUGACGCCUCGUGCAAAGUUGGAAGAGCACCAUCCCUAAAUGACUGUCUCUUCAAAGGACCAAACUUGAUAGAAGAAAUUCCCGCUAUAUUAUUGAGAUUCCGAGAAAAGGCUAUUGCUGUUGUAUCCGACAUCAGAAGAGCCUUCCUCCAAAUUGAAGUUAAGGAAGAAGAUCGCCGAUUUUUGCGAUUUUUAUGGUGGGAGAAAGCAAAUAAAAUUAAAGUCUAUCAACAUAACAGAGUAUUAUUUGGAGCUACUUGUAGCCCUUUUUUACUCAGCUCGGUUAUAAGAUACCAUUUGAACAAAAAACAACUCAAAACAGUUACUGACAAACUCUUGAAGUCCUUCUAUAUUGACAACUGCGUAACCUCCGUAGACAGUGCAUCCGAAUUAGAAGAAUUUAUCUCAAAGUCAACUGAAAUUAUGGCUGAAGCUAAGAUGGAUUUGAGAUUAUGGCAAUUCGGUCCGGUAGAAGAAAUAGAAACGUUGUCAACUGAGAAUAGAAGUUUGAAAGAAGAUCUUACAACUCCAGUUUCGGUUUUGGGGAUUAAAUGGGAUAGAAAGGAGGAUUGUGUAAUGAUCUGCAAUAAAUUUGAUGCUGAAACAGAAAAUCCUACUAAACGGAAGAUCUUGUCUAUAACACAAGGUAUUUACUAUCUCAUCGGUUUUCUCAACCCAGCAUUGUUGCCAGCCAAGCUAAUGAUUCAGGAGGCCUGGUCAGCGAAGUCAGAAUGGGAUUCCCCGCUACCAGAGAAGAUCCAAAAGGACUUUCAGAAAUAG